GCAGUUGACGUUUACAGAUGACAUUUGUCUGUGGCAAUUCGGCCCUUUCAGAACGACGGCGUGCGACUUUGGAUUACACAACCACAAUCUACGAACGCUGUUUCGUACUUAUAUUUACCAAAUUGGGAAGCUCUUCCCAACUGCAUUUAGUAUUCCUAUCUACCACCGAGUCGUGUUCUAGUCCUAAAACCCACCACCCGCAUCAUGGACGUUUCGCUCGAGAAUCUUUCAUCCUCCCAGAAGGAUGAGCUGAUGAGCACAAUCAAGCAGAAGAUUGCGAUAGCCAAUGCACAGGAGCUGGUGACCAAAAUGACCGAAAAGUGCUUCAAAAAGUGUGUCGGUAAACCAGGCCAAGAUCUGGACGGUUCGGAACAGAAAUGCAUUGCCAUGUGUAUGGACCGAUUUAUGGACUCUUGGAACGUUGUUUCGAGGGCACUGACUCAGCGCCUUCAGCAGGAACAGUACAAAGGAUAAUGCCAAUCUGUGCAUCCUCCACCACCAAUUGGUUCCAUGUGUUAUAGCGUAAUCUGCAUAUUUUAGCUAUCGAUACCAGUCGCCGUUUACAUCUUUAUUUUCUGUUUCUAAGACACACACACACACAGCAUGGAGGGACUUUGUGUUUGAAUUCAUCUGUUAGUAAAUAAACCAUGCCCAGAGACCAA